AUUACGAAUCUUUAGGUUCUUUCUCUAAUGUCAACUCUAGCAAUACCUGCAAAAGUACCUUCGCCUCGUGACGAUGCUAGGAGCCUUCACGAUGCUUUUAAAGGUUUACGGUGUGACAAUUCUGCAGUCAUCAGUAUUCUUGCACAUCGGAAUUCAGCCCAAAUUGAACGCAUCCAAGAAUCUUAUGACAAUAAAUACCCUGAAGAGCUUCGGAAACGGGUAUCUUCUGAGCUUCAUGGACAUUUCAAGAAAGCGGUUCUACUAUGGCUGCGAGAACCAAUGGUGCGAAAUGCCAAUAUAUUGAAACAUGCAUUAAGAGAUACUGUGCAAAACCUCAAAGUUGCUUCCGAUGUAAUAUGCAGUAGUACUCCAUCCCAGCUGCGAAAACUGAAACAAGUUUAUCAGUCAAGUUAUGGUGCUCCUGUUGAGCAAGAUAUAGAAAAUGCCACUCAUGGUGAUCAUAAAAAGUUGCUACUUGCAUAUAUAAACACAACACGGUACGAAGGCCCAGAAAUUGAUGAAACACAGAUAUUGAAUGAUGCUAAUGCUAUCAAGAGAGGGGAAAAUGUUUUCAUUCAAAUAUUUUCCGAAAGAAGUGCAGCUCAUUUGUUUGCUGUGAAUAAUGUUUACAGUGGCAUGUAUGGACCCUUGGAGAAGGCAAUAAAAAAAGAUCGAUCAGAAAAUUUUGGAUACGCCCUUUUAGCAAUUUUACGAUUUGUAGAGAAUCCUGCCAAGUACUUUGCAAGGGUUUUGCGAAAGGCAAUGAAGGGAUUGGGGACGCACGAUUCUUCACUUAUAUGGGUAAUUGUUACUAGGGCUGAGAUUGAUCUGCAGUAUAUAAAGGAAGAGUACAAGAGGAAAUAUGGGAAAUCGUUGAGUAGUGCUGUUUCUUCAGAGAUAUCGGGGCAUUAUAGGAGUUUUCUGCUUGCUCUUUUAGGCCCAAAAAGGAUAGAUUAAAGGGGUUUUGAUUCAUAAAAAAAUAUGUUUACAAACUAUGGAAAGAUAUUGUUUGUAGAGCAGCUGUCUUCAUAAGCAAAUCAUUUAGAAUUGUUGCUUCUGGGCAUGUAAAUUAUAAUAUAUUGCUUUAUUUAUGA